AUGUCCACCACAACCACCACAGAAAUCAAGUCGGCCGAAGACUCCACAUUCACCUUUGCCACCCAGUUCGAGGCCAAGGACCUCGUAGAGUUCGACCCCAACCGCGUCUACGGUGACUGGCGCGAUGAAUUCCACAAGACGGGCUGCGUGCUCAUCAAGAACGUCAUCACCCCCGAGCGCGCGCAAUACUACGUCGACAAGCAGGUAGAGUGGCUCAAGAAGUUCAACCUCGGCUUCGACGAGAAGAACCCCGACACGUGGACCUCCGAGCACCUCCCCGUCAACUUCAAGGGCGGCAUGUACUACAUGUACGGCGCUACCCAUGAGAAGUAUGUGUGGGAGGCCCGCACCGAGCCUGGCGUGGUGGACAUUUUCGAGAAGCUCUGGGAGACCAACGAGCUCAUCUGCUCGUUUGACGGGCAGAACAUCUCCAUGCCUAACCGCAAGGACCUUACUUGGUCGCCCUGGCCCCACUGCGACCAGAACCCGGCGCGCAAGAGAAUGCAAGCGGUCCAAGGCCUCCUCAACUUUGCCCCCAACGGCCCCAAGGACGGCGGCCUCAUGCUCAUGAGGGGCUCCUCCAAGCUGUUCGACGAAUUCUUCGCCCAGAAGCGCGACAAAAAGGACGUCAAGUGGUUCGAGGACCGCGGCUGCGAAAUGUACAAGGUCAACAUGGACCCCGGCGACUUUGUCCUCUGGGAUUCGCGCACCAUGCACUAUGCCUGCCUGCCCGAGGGCGAGCAGAUCCGCCACCUCCAGUACAUUUGCAUGACCCCGCGCAAGUUUGCGACGGACGAGGCGCUCGAAGCGAAGAAGAACUGCUUUGAGAAUUACCUCGGUACUACCCACUGGCCCCACUGCAAUAUUCGUCCCUCGGCAGAGAAGCCUAUGCGCGAUGGCAAGCUCUGCCCUGCGUAUAGGACGGAACCCUUUGAGAAGCCCGAAAUCACGGACAAGGUCCUUCAACUUGCUGGUGUCAAGGGCUACUAG